GUCUGGCGCCUCAUUGCGCUCCAGACAUGGUGGACCGCGAACCCGCCUGCGGAGCGGCAGCAGAGAGGCCGUUUGGGCCCUUUCUGCAGGCGGACCCCUUCUACUCGUCCGCGGUGCCCCGGAAUCCGCACCCCGAGGAGAUACGGCCCUCGUCCGAGGACGAGGCACAUAUCUUUGCUGAGGCGUACCAGAGGAUGCUCCCGGAGCUGGAGAGGGAGAUUGAUGAGCUCGAGGCGGACCAGGAACGCCUGGCGGUGCUGCUGCAGGGCGCCCAGUGCAGGGUCGCGGCGGACGAGCAGCUGGACGAGGCGGUCUUCGUCCUGCGCGACGGGCUGGACCUGCGCCUCUCCGAGGUCGACGAGGGGCACCGCCGCCUGACAGCGGCGGGGCUGCGGGGGCCCGUGCGCUCCUCGCCCUCCUUGCUGGCGCACGCGACAAGCGGAUUUGUGAUUAUUAUCCCGCGGAAUUCUAAGGAUGUUCUUAGGGUGUUUCAGGAUGCCCUUACGAUGUCUGCAGCUUUCUAA